GUUGCUCGUGAAGGAAGAGGUCUUCGCUGCUCCCCCUUCGUCUCCCCCCCCAGACCCGUAUGUCUGGAUGGAAAUGGUGAAGGGCAAGAAGAGGAUCCAAUCUGAGGAACAGCUCUGUAGUCCAUCAAAACGGCGCGUGGUUCGGCAUCAGGUGGGUGGAUGUCCAAUUGUGCUGAAGGAGUGUUUCAUCCCACUGAAUCCUGUCCUGUUCAGCACUUCCAUGUUGGCUGCUAUGGAUGCUGUGGUUCCAGCACAACUUCCGAGCCCUGACAGCCCAGCUGUUCCACAAGACGCAACGACACCAAGUGUGGAGCCAAGAGUGAAGCGUGUCGCCUGCAAGAGGAGACUUGCAAUGUGCCAGGUCAAGGCGUCACCCAGUGUUGAGGAGGCGUCUCCCAGGCCGACAUCUGCCAAUGUUGUGGUUGGAAAGGAGGAGGUGGAUGCAACUCCAAGUGCUGUGACCGUGUCCUCAGAGCCAUCAUCUACCACUGCUGUGGAAGAGGUUGCAACGGAGGAGGGGGAUGCAACUCCAGGUGCUGUGACUGUGUCCUCAGAACCAUCAUCUACCACUGCUGUGGAAGAGGUUGUGGAGGAGGAGGUCAGCAGGUCAGGUCCUCCUAUCCAGCGCCCAUCAAGAUUCAUCAAAAGUAAGGUUGAUGCUAGCCCUCCCUCUUGCAGGUGUGCAGAGAAAAAGCAUGUGGCUGUUGUUUCUGGUACUAAUGUCAGAGUUGCGCCGACAACUGAGGAUGUUUCUGGUACUAAUGUAAUGGUUGCGCCGUCAACAACUGAUGUGUCUAUUGCGUGCAGUGUUGUUGCUGCGCUUAAACAUGUUAUUGCUCCUGUGUGUACAUGGCGAGGCAGAGAUAUUGAUGAGAUCUGUUUCGAAGGCAAGAAGUUGGCUAGUUUUGUAGCUCAAUCAAAUGGGAGUAGUGGCUUUGACAAUGAGCUAUGUGAGUUCAUUAAACAGCACAGUGUUUUUGGCAGGAAGUGCAAUGUAGCUAUUGGUUCAACAGUCUACAGAGGUUUCCAGUUGGACGAGUCUGUGUUACAUGAAAAACUACAGGAACCUUUGUUGACUGAUGGAAUGUGUCUCUUGAACCUCCACGGUGCCGUGAGUGCUGUCAUUGAGCACAAUGGUUACUUUGUGGUAGUUGAUUGUGGUACUUGUGAUGCAUCUGGUUUGGCAUCUAAUAUUGGCAGGUCUGUAGCUGUUUUGAACACAACGCUGCGUGACCUGAUAGUGCAUAUCCAAGAUCUUAAGAAGUCUUUGGGUGCAGAGUGGUGUCUCAUUAGCAGGUUGUCUGUGAAGGCAGAUUCUGACAUUGACAGUGCUACAUUGCUGACAGAUGUAGCUGUUGAUGUCACAGUUGCAACUGCAGCUGUAGUCGAGGGUGGCAGUUCGCAGAGUAGUGCAAGUUCUGUCAGGGGAUCUUUCCAUCAGGCAGAUUCUCGGUUUCAACACGCUGGAGUUCAGUGUAUGGCUAUCAGUUUGGUAGCUGUAGCAAAACACUCAAUUGAAAGUGUGUUUUCGUGGCAGGCUGGCAAUCUGGACAAGGUUGUUGUUUUGGGGGAUAAUCUUUACAAUACGUUGAGGGACAGCAAUGUCACCAGUGAGGUUUCGAAACUGCUUAGUGUUCCUGAUUUGCCCAAACAGGCUGUUAUCGAUGGACAAACGUUUGACUUUGAGUAUGAGGAUUGCGUUUCUGGAUUUGUUAAUGAAGUGACAAGUGAUCUGAUUGAAGCUGGUGUAACGAUCAGUCUCAGAUCUGGAUUAGAGAAGAUGUUUAGUAAAUAUGACACAUGUUUUCUGACAUUGGGUGGAAAUACAUGCGCAGUCAUCAGUCAAGGUGGUCGUUUUGCUGUGGUUGAUUCGCAUGCGCGCAGUGCGGAUGGGAUGGUGGAUGGGGAAGGGAAAAGUGUUGUUGUGCGUUUCACUUGCCUUGAUGAUGUUUUUGAGCACAUGUGCAAAUAUGCAACAGCAUUUAAACAUCCCAAACAGUUUGAGAUUGCUAGUGUUUGUGUGACCCCCAGAUGUCCAGUUCCAUCUGUUAAUUCACUCUCCAGUCCAAAGGUACUAGUAGAAAGCAGGGGAAGUCAGUCGGGCUGUGGUUUACCUGUUCAGCCAACAGUUGGCUGCACAAGUAUUAAGCGCAAAAGAUCAAGCAGUGGGUUUUCAUCAAAGAAGGCAAAAAACAGUGAUUAUGCUGCAGUUGAUUCAGAUGUUGUUUUUGUAGCUGAUGUUCUGAAGUAG